AUGGCGCCGGCACCCAGCCAGGGGCCGGAAAACACAGCAUUGGAGAGGAUUGAAGGCACCCUCCGGGAACUAACCACAGCUAUGGCCACCAAAGCCGACCUGCAGGCCAUAACAGCCACCAUACAGGAAACGCUGCGGACAGAGGUCGCUGGACUCCGCACGGAGCUUGCCACGCACGCGGGCCGCAUUACCGCGAUGGAGGAGGCGGAUACGGCCCUCACGUCCCGCAUGGCGUCCACUGACAUUUCUGUUGCCAGACAAGGCGAGAUGCUACUCACCAUGCGCCGACACCUCGAGGAUGUGGAUAAUAGGAGGUGUAACAUCCGC